UAUUUAUAUAAUUAUUUUAAAAACAGCCAAAUCAAAUAUAUACUAAAUUUGAAAACUCAAAUAAAAAAUAUAUAUUUAAAAUAAUUUUUUAUUAUAAUUGAAGAAAAUUUUAUAUUUUUCAUUCAUAAAGUAUUUUAAAAAUAAAUCUUUGUAAUUAUGAAAAUAAAUAGUAUUACAAUUUUUUAUAUAUUAAUUUAAAUUAGUAUAAUACUUUGGACCACUUUUUAUACACUUUCACCAUUCAAGCAUAUGUUUUGAACCGCUAGAUCCGCUAGAUCCACACUUGUACCACUCGAUCCGCUUGAUCCGCUCUUGUUCUGCUCGAUCCGCUUAAUACGCUAGAUCCGCAAUGCUUGAUCCGCUUUCUCCAUUCGGAGCCUUAGACUCUCCAAAGUAUUUUGUGGUAGUAUAUCUGAAGUUAGUUUUUUUGACAAAGUAUAUCCAAAGUUACUUCUAAUGUUUGUUUCAUUUGUUCAAAUCUGUAAAGUAACAAAUAAAUGUAUUAUUAUUAGACGAGACUGGUAGGUGUUGAAACCGUGUUACUUUAUAAAAAUUCAAUACAAAAUUCCAUAACAAUUGUAACUUUUCUUCACUUUAUAACUCAAACAGCAACUUAGCGUGAGCUACUGGAUUUUAUCUUGAUAAUAUUUUUGCUUUUGAAGUUUUUCCUUUUAUUUUUAAAAAGGAUAAUCUCAUGGACCAUACCGAAUUAAUGACGAGUACUGAUUGUGUGUAAUGAAUCAGCAAAAUUUCCUAAAGUGGAAAUAGCUAUAAAUUAAAAAAAGGUGCAACUGCUAAUCUACAGUCUACACCUAACACCACCGUUACAUUUUUUUUUUCCAAACGAUCAGUCAGGAAUACCUUAAGAUAUUGUCACGUGUCGAAAAGUCACGCUGGACUCGUUCGAAGACUGACAAAUGUCAUCAAGUCUUCACGGAUUCGUACGGGGAAAUAAAUACAGAAAACCUAAUAAAAAAUUUAAAAUAAAGAUAAGAUAAAGACAUAGAAAAAUGUUAGAAGAAAAGUGAAAAUAAAAUUUAAUUUGGGGGAAAAUGCUCUCGUCGUUCUCUCGUGUCGUUUACUUAGCAAAGAGGCAAAGUUCGAGAACUGUGUUCAGAGCAAGCAAGCAAGCUCACACUUCUUUCUCUUUAGUAUCUUUCUUUCCUUUAUUUUAUCUUUUUUAUUAUUGUCUCUCUGUUUCUCUGCAAGGAGUUAAAUCUUGGCAACAUUUGGAACCAACUAAUACAUUAGUCCAUGGAUUCAUGAUCUGCUGUUCGAUUCCACAACAAAAAAUGGUUGUUCUGUCUUUUUAAAGAAAAGAUCUGAACUUUCUUUAGUUUUGGUAAGAUGGCUGGAGAGAGAAGACACAAAGGGAUGCGUUUGAGCAAACUCUACUCAUUCAAGUGUCUCAAGCCUUUCUCCAAAGAAGACCAUUCUCAGAUUGGUUCAAGAGGCUACUCGAGAGUCGUCUUCUGCAACGAUCCCGAUAACCCCGAGGCUCUCCAGCUUAACUACAGAGGGAACUACGUUUCCACCACCAAGUACACAGCUGCUAACUUCAUCCCAAAGUCUUUGUUCGAACAGUUUAGAAGAGUCGCAAAUAUAUACUUCCUAGUUGUUGCUUUCGUUUCCUUCAGCCCCUUGGCUCCUUACACUGCCCCUAGCGUCCUUGCACCGCUCUUGUUUGUCAUUGGUGCUACUAUGGUUAAAGAAGGUGUUGAAGAUUUGAGGAGACGAAGACAAGACAUUGAAGCUAACAACAGGAGAGUUUUAGUCCUUUCCAAGAACGGCGAAUUUAGUGAAACAAAGUGGAAGAAUCUCAGAGUUGGUGAUCUUGUGAAGGUUCACAAAGACGAGUACUUCCCAGCUGAUCUUCUCCUUCUCUCAUCAAGCUACGAAGACGGAGUUUGCUAUGUAGAAACAAUGAACCUCGACGGAGAGACCAACUUGAAGCUAAAACACGCCCUGGAGAUAACAUCAGUUGAAGAGUCUUCUAUCAAGAACUUCAGAGGAGGAGUGAUCAAAUGCGAAGACCCCAACGAGCAUCUCUACUCUUUCGUGGGAACGCUUCACUACCAAGGACAACAGUACCCUCUCUCUCCUCAGCAGAUGCUUUUGAGAGACUCAAAGCUUAGAAACACUGAUUUCAUCGUUGGAGUCGUUGUCUUCACGGGGCACGACACUAAAGUGAUGCAGAACGCUACUGAUCCUCCUUCAAAGAGGAGCAAGAUCGAGAGGAAAAUGGAUAAGAUUGUCUACAUUCUCUUCAGUAUCUUGAUUGUGAUUGCUUUCACUGGUUCAGUCUUCUUUGGGAUUAUAACGAGAAGAGAUGUAACUGAUGAUGGGAAGAAGAUGAGGAGAUGGUAUCUUAGACCGGACAGAACCACUGUCUUCUACGAACCGCGGAGAGCUGUUCUUGCUUCCUUCUUUCAUUUCUUGACUGCGUUAAUGCUAUACGGUUACUUAAUACCAAUAUCGUUAUACGUUUCGAUUGAGGUUGUGAAGGUGUUACAAAGUAUAUUCAUAAACCAAGAUCAGGAGAUGUACCACGAGGAAACAGACAGGCCAGCACGUGCAAGAACGUCUAACCUCAACGAAGAGCUCGGUCAAGUCGACACAAUCCUCUCAGACAAAACAGGUACCUUAACUUGCAACUCAAUGGAGUUUGUGAAGUGUUCUAUAUCCGGAACUGCUUACGGCCGUGGUAUGACUGAAGUAGAAUUAGCCUUGAGGAAGCAAAAGGGUAUGAGUAUGAGACCUCAAGAUGAUGAGAUAAAAGCGAAUCCAACGAAGUCUGUUAAAGGGUUUAACUUCUGGGACGAGAGGGUAGUCGAUGGGCAGUGGAUUAACCAACCAAACGCAGAGCUCAUUCAGAAGUUUUUUCGAGUGUUGGCUAUUUGUCAUACUGCUAUCCCUGAUGUGGACGGUGAGAGUGGUGAGAUUAGUUAUGAAGCUGAGUCUCCUGAUGAAGCGGCGUUUGUGAUAGCUUCUAGAGAGCUUGGGUUUGAGUUUUUUGCAAGGUCUCAGACUCAUAUCUCCUUGCAUGAGAUUGAUCACGUGAGUGGUGAGAAAGUAGACAGAGUGUAUGAGCUGCUUCAUGUCCUGGAGUUCAGCAGCUCUCGCAAAAGAAUGUCUGUUAUUGUGAGGAAUCCAGAGAACCGGUUGUUGUUGCUUUCCAAAGGAGCAGACAGUGUGAUGUUUGAGAGACUUGCUAAACACGGACGCCAGUUUGAGAGGGAGACGAAGGAGCACAUCAAGAGGUAUGCAGAGGCAGGGUUAAGGACGUUGGUGAUUGCAUACAGAGAAGUAGAUGAAGAGGAGUACAGAAUGUGGGAAGAGGAGUUUCUGAAUGCGAAGACUUUGGUGACUGAAGAUAGGGAUGCUUUGAUAGAUGCAGCUGCUGAUAAGAUUGAGAAGGAUUUGAUUCUUCUUGGUUCUACUGCAGUUGAAGACAAACUCCAAAAGGGUGUUCCAGAUUGUAUUGAAAAGUUAUCUCAGGCUGGGGUUAAGAUAUGGGUUUUAACCGGUGAUAAGACAGAAACUGCAAUAAAUAUAGGAUAUGCUUGUAGUCUGUUAAGAGAAGGCAUGGAAAAGAUAUUGAUAACUCUAGAUUCACCUGACAUUGAGACUCUGGAGAAACAAGGAGACAAAGAUGCUGUUGCAAAGGCUUCUUUUCAGAGUAUUAAGAAACAGUUAAGAGAAGGAAUGUCUCAAACAGCAGCAGCAGCAACAACAGACGAUUCAGCUAAUGAAAAGCCGGAGAUGUUUGGUUUAGUGAUUGAUGGGAAGUCCUUAACUUUUGCAUUGGACAAGAAGCUGGAGAAAGAGUUCUUGGAACUUGCGAGUCGGUGUGGUUCUGUUAUAUGUUGCCGGUCUUCACCAAAGCAAAAGGCUCUGGUUACAAGAUUGGUAAAAAGCGGGACAGGUAGAACAACACUAGCCAUUGGAGACGGUGCAAAUGAUGUUGGAAUGCUUCAAGAAGCUGAUAUUGGAGUUGGUAUAAGUGGUGCUGAAGGAAUGCAGGCGGUGAUGGCUAGUGAUUUUGCCAUUGCUCAGUUUCGGUUUCUGGAACGUUUGUUGCUUGUUCAUGGCCAUUGGUGUUAUAGACGAAUAGCAAUGAUGAUAUGUUACUUCUUCUACAAGAACCUCACGUUCGGAUUCACGCUGUUUUGGUACGAAGCUUAUGCUUCUUUCUCUGGUAAACCAGCUUAUAACGAUUGGUACAUGUCUUGCUACAACGUUUUCUUCACUUCGCUUCCUGUCAUCGCUCUUGGAGUCUUUGAUCAAGAUGUCUCUGCUCGCCUUUGUCUCAAGUAUCCGUUACUAUACCAAGAAGGAGUACAGAACAUAUUAUUCAGCUGGGAACGUAUCCUUGGUUGGAUGUUAAACGGAAUCAUAAGCUCGAUGAUCAUCUUCUUCCUCACAAUCAACACAAUCGCCUCUCAAGCUUUCCGGAAAGACGGUCAAGUAGUUGAUUACUCAGUUCUUGGAGUCACAAUGUACUCUUGCGUGGUCUGGACCGUGAACUGCCAAAUGGCGAUUUCUAUAAACUACUUCACUUGGAUCCAGCACUGCUUCAUUUGGGGAAGCAUAGGGGUUUGGUAUCUGUUUCUUGUCAUCUACGGUUCUCUUCCUCCGACAUUCUCAACCACAGCUUAUCAGGUCUUCGUUGAGACUUCAGCACCGAGUCCCAUCUGUUGGCUCACCCUCGUCCUUGUCACGUUCUCUGCUCUCUUGCCGUAUUUCACUUACAGGGCGUUUCAGAUCAAGUUCAGACCCAUGUACCAUGAUAUUAUUGUUGAGCAGAGGAGAACAGAACGGUUUGAGAGUGGGACCAGGACGGCAAGUGCAGUUUCUGGUGAGCUUCCUGUGCAAGUUGAGUUUACUUUGCAUCACCUUAAGGCAAACUUGUCGAGAAGAGAUUCUUGGAAUUGAUUCGUAUUUUACGCAAAAGAGUGAAUGGUAAUAUUGUAAAUAUAGUGUGUUUAGUUUAUACCUAGCUGUCUUUAACAAGUUUUAAAUUUUUAUUUAGAUGAAAUUUGUAUGUUUUAGAGUUGUAGUUAUACAUCUGCAAUUGAAAAGAAUUCAAAUAAAUUGAUUUUUUUUUUAUGUUA